GGGCACGGAAAGAGCAGCUGACGCAGCGAUCUCGCCCUUCGCCGUCUCUCUCAUCAAUUUUCCCGCCUGAGUUAGCCGAGACCGGGGCGCAUGCGCAGAGGGCCCGGCCUUGAAGAGGGAAAAGGGCCCCGUCUGGUUUCGGCCGGGGGCUGCAGGACCGUCUUCGUUGCACCCUAAAGCAGCGCCCCCGUUUCGGCCGCCGCGGACGAGGAUGUCGGUCAUCACGAUCCAGCUCGGCCAGUGCGGGAACCAGGUCGGCCGCGAAGUCUUCGGCGCCCUGUGCGGGGACCUCCGCGGCGCGCACGGGCUGUGCUCCAGGAGGGAGGAGGACGCGUACCGAGCUGCCUGCGGAGAGCGCUUCUUCAGGGAGGGGGAAGCCGGAGCAUCUUCGGGGAGACCGUGCGUAAAAGAUGGGCUGUGCACCCCUCGGGACAGCGGCUGCCGCACUGGAGAAGGAACCUUUAAGAAAUGGUUUCCAACUGCCCGGGCAGUUCUUGUCGACAUGGAACCGAAAGUGAUUGGCCAAAGUUUAUCCAUGGCUUCAAGGUCUGGAAGCUGGACAUAUGACCACAAGUCUCACUUCUGCCAGAAGCAAGGGUCAGGCAACAACUGGGCCAAGGGGUACGCCAUCCAUGGACCGAAGCACGAAGAAGCCAUCAUGAACUUGGUCCGGAAGGAGGUCGAGAAGUGCGACCGACUGAGUGGAUUUCUGACGGUGAUGAGCAUGGCUGGCGGGACGGGGUCAGGCCUGGGGGCGUUCGUGACGGCCAGCCUGAGAGACACGUACCCAGCCUCUUUCCUGCUGAACCACGUGGUCUGGCCUUAUGGGACCGGUGAGGUUAUUGUCCAAAACUACAACUCGGUCCUCACCCUCUCGCACCUCUACCAGUCCUCGGAUGCCCUCCUGAUUCACGAGAACGAUGCCAUGCACAAGAUCUGCGCACAGCUCAUGAACAUCAAGCAGAUCUCGUUCCGGGAUGUGAAUCAAGUCAUUGCCCAUCAGCUGGGGAGCAUUUUCCAGCCGGCUUAUACCUCCGGAGGGGCCACUCAGUAUAGCAGGAGCCCCCUAGGGGACUUCAUGGAGGCUUUGGUCCCCCACCCCGAGUUCAAGAUGUUGGGCCUCCGGAAUAUCCCUCAGAUGUCCGAGAACUCGCUUGCCUACAGCACUUUUGUGUGGCCCGGUCUCCUAAAGCACCUGAGGCAGAUGUUGAUUGCAAAUGCCAAAAUGGAGGAAGGCAUCGACUGGCGAGUCCGGCCUCCCAUACCUGGCCUCCCAGUGCCUGAGAAACCGUCUCCCAACAGCAGAGCUCGUUUUAACACCUCCAUUGCCAACUUGGUUACGCUGCGAGGGAAGGACGUUCACGGCGUCGACCUGGGUGGUUUCCAAGAGCCUGCGCUGUACACUUCCUGGAGAAAUGCACAGGAUGCCUUGACGGUGUGGAAAACCCCGCGGGCCUUUAAUGGCUACGAGAAGUCUGCGUCUUUGGUCAGCAACAGCCAGUGCUUGGUGAAGCCCCUGGACACUGUUGUGGGGAGGGCCUGGAAAAUGUUUGCCUCCAAGGCUUACAUUCACCAGUACACGAACUUUGGGAUUGAAGAAGACGACUUCCUGGACUGUUUCACGACCCUGGAACAAGUUAUCGCCAGCUACGCCAGCCUCUGAUUCCAAAUGCUUUGCCGGCCGGCACGGAGCAACGCAAGCAGUGCAGAUCUGAUCCGGAUUCUGGAUGUGGGGCGACCAUCUUACAUAAAAUGCCGGGGGGGGGGGGGAGUUGCGGCUGU